UUGCUCCAGUGUUUUACACAGCGAUCCACUAGAUAUGUACACAAAAUCACCAGACGAGAUGUACGCGUCGGCGACAGGUGUCUCCUGCUAUACAGGUGUUCCUCAGUCGGCCGGUGGUGGUCGUAGCGGCGCGCAUUCGUGCGUGCGUGCGUGCAUGCCUGCGUGCGUGCGUGCAUGCGUGCGUGCAUGCGUGCUUCGUUCCGUUCCGUGCCAUUUGGAAUCGCGGCGCGAGGAAACGCUGCUUGUCGUUCUUUCCUUAUCUCCCGCGAGCGCGAAGUGUGUGUUUGUGUGCGUGAGUUUCGCUGCGGAAGAUACUUUUUCGCCGAGAGAAUAACGAUACAUCACCCAGCGGCGUGAAAGAAACGCGGCGCGACGCCGCGCGUCGGAGCUCUGAAUAAUGACUCGGCUGAGACGCAAAGUCAUCGACUCGCGAAUACCGGGAAGGGAGAGGAGGUGAGAGAGAGAAAGAUAUCCCUUUCGUUCUCUCGUCCCUUUUUUUUUUUCUUUCUCCGUCUAUCCGAUGCUGCUUUCGAGUAAAAGCUGAAUUUUCACACGCGCGCGGUGCGAGAACGCCGAUCUACACGCACGUCCGAUCGAUCGGAGGACCAUGGAUUCGUGCUGUAGUGGGAUAUUAUGCUAAUCGCGUUUACGGUCAGAAUGCGGGAGGAAGAGCUCGAGAUAUCACUCAAGGUGGUGAUAGUGGGCAACGGUGCCGUGGGGAAGUCAUCGAUGAUUCAAAGAUUUUGCAAAGGCACAUACACGAGAGACUAUAAGAAGACAAUCGGCGUGGACUUUUUGGAGCGUGAGAUUGAAGUUGAUGGCGAGGAUGUAAGACUAAUGCUGUGGGAUACCGCGGGACAGGAGGAAUUCGACGCGAUCACCGCGGCUUACUAUCGCGGCGCUCAUGCCUGCGUCCUUGCUUACUCGGCCACUGACAGGGAUUCCUUCGACGCUAUUCCUUCAUGGAAGCUCAAGGUAGAGAACGAAUGCGGAGAAAUUCCUACGGUUCUGGUGCAGAACAAGAUCGAUCUCGUCGAUCAAUGCGUGAUCAAUCCGGACGAAGCCGAGAGGCUCGGCCGCGCCUUAGGCUGCAAACUCCUGCGGACGUCCGUGAAGGAGGACAUCGGCGUGAUGAGCGUCUUCCGGCACUUGGCGUCGCGGUGCCUGCACGAGAUCCGUCGCUCCGACGACGACUAUCAGGACGACUUGAGAUUGUAUUCUGUGGAACCUAGAUCCCCAUCCGUUAUAAGUGCCUUUAGCCCGGGCGGGUCAAUAUGUCCUCGCAACGCCGCUAAUGGAACGAUAAUCCUCCGGCCGGGCAGCAAAACAAAAAGUCAAAAGAAACGGAAUUUCGUGAAGAACGCUUGUAGACUCUUAUAGUUAUUUCUUAUAGAAUACAUACACGCGUCAUCGAUGCCUCGCGCGUCCGAUUCAGGAUUUUUGUUUCAAAUUUAACUUUGGAUUUAUUAAUCGAUUUCUCGGCGAAUCGACAAAUUAUUCGGAUUCCAUUCGAUUCUAACCGAAAGUGUUGCGGUAUCAAUGACGCCUGUAUGAUAAUAUUACACUGCACGAAGACGCCGAAGAGGUACGGUGUCUUGUAAAUAUAUAUAGUUUAUUUUAUACGCAUAAACGGAGGUAAUUUACAGUGUCCGACAGUUCAAGUCAGAUUCUAACUAACGACUACGAUGGUGUGUGUAAUCUCAGCUUAAUUUACCUCUGAUUUUUCUUCUUCCGUUGCUUUCUCCCUACUUUACAAUUGUCUGACCUCCCGGCCACGCUAGAGUGAGAAAACAAAUGAAUGAUGGAAGGAUAUUAUGCGACACAGGAAGAAUAAGAGAAGAAAGAGAGAGGGAAUAAAAAGAAAUACAGAAAUAAACUACGCGGAGAUUAGACUAUACAAGGACACGUAAUACGCAUUUGGGAACUUAUUAAUUUAUACGCAAUAGAAAUAAUUAUGCUCAUAAUUAUGUUCAUAAUUAUGCUCAUAAUGUUAACCAAAUGGUGUAGAUUAUAAGAUAUAAGAGAAAUUAAUCGCAAAUAUUAAUUACACUGUGCCUAUCCACAGUUACGAACGGGAACAAUAACGUAAUACGGAUUACAACGUGUAAUUUGUAAAUAUCUCGCGUUAUCAUAUUGAAUAAAUUAUCCGUUUUUAAAUUGCAUGGCAUUACAGAUCGUAUUAUAAGGUCUGAAUCGUGCCAAUAUAGCAUUAAAUACGACAAUAAUAAAGAUAGUAAUAUGUUAUUUACAGAUUAAAAUGUGUCGAUGUAAGUUUAUUAAAAUCUGACAAUAAUUACA